AUGAAUUUAAGAGGAGGAGGUUGCGGAUCAUCAAACAUUGUUACACCAUUCCCCAUUAAAAUCUAGACCAUUAAAAAUAGCCCAGGAUUGACAACUUAAAUCAAGUUUCAUUGUGAUAGGAUAUCAAGAUCUAUGGUGACGGUUUUAGAUUAAGAAAAUAAUCUAAUGAAUAGCUUUCAAUUCUUUCAAUUAAAUUAGAGACAAAUAUGGAAUUUAGUUAGUAAUGUUCAAUUAAAUUAAUCAACAUUUGAACUUGUGUCAUAAAGUUUAGAUACACUAAUGUCAGCAUUAUAAAAAGUUAUUUAAUAAAAUGUUGGAUAUUCAUUGUAUGUUUUAUAAAUUAUGACUUAAUUAUCUUGGAUAUUAUUUAUGUACUAUUCAACAAAUUAAGAGAGAUAUUUGGAUAUUGAUAGACAAUAAUUUAUUUUAAGGGAAAUGGGUUUAAUUAGAGAAUAAUUGAAAAUUGAAAGAAGUGCUGAUAAAUUAUUCAAUAAUCUAUAUUUUGAAUUCUUUAUUACAAAAUCCAUUAUUACUAUUUAACCUACAAAUGCAAAAGAGAGUUAAGAAAUAUUAAUAUAGUUUUUAAGUGGUGCUUUAAAAUCAGUAAGUACAUUUACAUUAAAUGAUGAUCUAAUAUAAAGUCUUAAAAAAAGUGUUAUUUAUAUAUAUUAAGAGGGAGUAAAAUAUAGUAGAAAACGUAAAUUAGAAGUGAUUUUUGCUCUUUAAUAAUUAAAGUUUCAUAUAAUUGAUGAAUUAGAAAAUGGUAAGGAUGCUAAAUAUUUGGCAACUGUUCUAAGCAAAAUGUAUUGUGAAAUUAUUAGGGAAUCUACAGAUUGGGAAAUAUGGUGUAGUUGGAUUUAGGUGUUAUCUUAAUUAUUUUAAUUGAAAUAAGCAGUAGAUGAAUUGAAAAUUUAAAAUCAAUUGUCAUAAUACUUUUAAGGAAAAGAAUAUACAAUACCUAAUUUUGAUGGUAGAAAUUAUGUUUCACUAAGUAAUUUCUAGAUAUAAAAUGAUGAAUUAUUAAAAUUAAUUUUUGAAAGUAGUUAACCCUUAUAAGAAUUAUCUCGAUUAUAAUUUUAUAUACUAAAUGGAUAUGGAUUAUUAUAAAGUUAUGAACAAUUUUAUUUUAAUAAAUUAUCUGUUAUUAAAGCAACUAAUUCAACAUUAAAAAAUAACUCAUUUAGUUCAUCUCAAAUAUCUUAAUUUAUGAAUUUGGUUAGUGCUAUCUAAUAAGGUUAAUAAUCAUUAAUUGAGCUAUUUAAAUAACUUGUAAAUAAUAAUGAUUAAUAAAAAAUAAAAGAAGCUGAAGAAUUAUUGAAAGAUUUGAUUACUAAAACUAUUUAAUUAAAAAGAGAUUUAGAAUUUUUAAUUAUAAUCUAAUAAUCUAUAUAAGAAGAAGUAAAUUAAAAUGAAUUGAUUUAUGAAUUUCCAGAAACUGACAAAAUUUAAGUUAUGUUUUUAUAGAAAUAUUUGAAUUGUUAAUUAUCAAGUAAAUAGCUAUAAAUAAUUGAUUUUGAAUCAGUAUUUUAAGACAGUGCUAUAUCUUCAAUUUUAGAUUAAUUUACUUCAGAUGAAAUAAGUAUUGAAUUAAGGGAACAAAUAUUAAAAAAAACAAUUAAUCAAGUAUAAAUUGAGAAUUUGAUUGUUACUUUAAAAAUGAAAAAAUAAUAAGAAACUACUAAAAAUAAUACAAAUGAGAAUAAAUGGUUUUAUGGAUUUUAUAAAGCACUUGAACUUACAUAAAAAACUAAAUGUUUAAUUAAUUGGAAUUUGCAAAUUUAAGUGAUAUUAUCAAUUAAAUUAAGAAUGACUAAUUCAUUUAAAGAAGAUGAUAAAUAAUUAAAUUUAAAAUAAGAAAUCAUUUAACUUUCAAUGUAAAUGAUGUCUUAUGAUCCUCUAUAAUCUUCAUUAUAAUUUAUGUACAAUCAAUUCUUAAAAUGCUAAAGUAGUAAAAUCUUAUCUAAAAUUCCUAUUGAUUAUUCACAUAAAUUUGUAAAAAUUUUAAAAGCCAUUACAAUUGAAAAAUUUAUAACAAUUAAUUAAAUCAUAGGAAUUUUAACUAAACAUUUAUUUAAAGAGACAAAAUUAAAAAAUGAUGUUAGUAUUGAUUAAGAAAUCUGUAAAAUUGUUUAAGAAGAAUUAACUGAUAAUAUAAAUUAUUUAAAUUAAAUCUGUAAUGGAAUCAAAAUGAUAACUGAUAUUCUAAAAAACUAAUUAGAUAAUAAUUUAGAAUAAAAAGAUGAUUUAAUUAUAUUGAAGGAUUAAUCUAUAUUCCAUGAAAUUUUUCCUAAUUUCAAUACUAAUUCAUUAUUAUAAUCUUAGAUUAUAUUGAGUUUUUAAAAACUUUCAGCUUAUUAAGAUGAAUUUUUAAAAUCAUUUGAAAUUAUGAAAGAAUACAUCAAAAGUGAAGAUAAUGAAUUUUAUUUAUAUUUAGAAAAUAAGAAGGCUGCAAUUUCAAAUAUUAUAGAAUUGAUUGAUAUUGUAAAAUUGAUGAAAAUAACAAAUGAAAAAGAUAAAGAAAUUGCAUAUUAUCUUUGUGAAGAUAUACAAAAAUAAUUAAGUGAGUGUUGUAAAUUAAUAAGAAGUACAUCAGUUAAGAUUGAAUAGAAAUAAUUUGAUUGGAAUGAAGAAAUCAAAUUUUAUGAAUAAUUAGUAGAUGAAAUGAAAUAAAUUAAAACCAGAUAACAAGAGUAAAUUUAAUAAUUUUAGAAUAUAUUUAUUAAUUCUGAGAAAGUACAAUCUCAAAUCUUAAAUGUGAUUACUCUCUAAAAAUUAGCUACUAAGAAACCUUAAUUUUCUUAAUAGUUUUAAGAAUCUGAAAUAUUAUUGCAGGAAUCAAUGGGUGAAUAUUGCAAUUAAACUAUAGAAAUUGCAAUAGACUAUUCAUAAGUUUAGUAGAUCAUUUCAUAAAAGGAAUUUAAUUAAUAUCCUUCUGAUUUAGAACCUUAAAUCUAUUUUAUAUUGAGUCAGAUAGAAAAUAAAGAUGAGUAAAAAAAAUCAAAUGAUUAUUUUGAUUUAAUAUAAUAGGGGAUUAAUGAUUUAUUGUCAAAUAAUUAAUGGAGGAUUAGAUAGUUUUUGGUUUAUGAAUUAAUUUAAAUGAGAAAAAGUUGUCUUUAACAAAAUUGUAUGUCUUUGAGUUCUGGAUUAUAUAUUAGAUUUUAGGUUUAUGAAACAGAUAAGAGAAUUAGAUCAUUAUUUGAUGAUAAAUCUAUUUAAUUAUCUAAUUAAUUAAUGGGUAAAUAUUGGCCAAGUCAAGAAACAAUAAUUUAAAAUAGGUUAAAGGAGAAAUUAAAAGAUUUAAAUGAAUUAGCUUAAUAAAUAUCUAUUGAAACUUCAGAAAAUUAUAAAUAGUAAUUAAGAAAAGAAUAUUCUAAAUUAGAAAAAGAUAUUUAAUAAAUGUUUGAUAAUGUUUCUCAAAUAUAAAAUACACUUGGAAUUACUAUCAUUUUUCUUUAAGAUCUAAAAUAAGAUUUAUUAAGAAUAGAGAAUUUUAUUAUUCAAAUGUAAGAAACAUUAGAUUAAAUAAGUAAAGACAUAAAAUAUUUGAAGGGUAGAACCAUCUAUGAAUUAUUAGAAUUAAGAAUGAAAAAAAUGUUAUAAUAAAGACUUGUAUUCAAUUCAGACAAUGUUUACAUACCUAUUAAAUCAAAAGAAAAAUUGAGUGAUUCAUAAUACACUACUGAAAAGACUAAUCUAUUUACAGAAGAUAUCUUUGGAGAUGGAGAGAUAAAUGAAUUUAUUUGGAAAUAAUCUAAGGAUAGUUUUUUAAUACAUGGUUAAGCUGGAUCAGGUAAGAGUACAGCAGCUAGAAAAAUAGAGGAAUUUCUUUGGAUGUUUUAUUAAAAGAAUAAAAAAUAAAGUGAUUAUAUUCCAUUAAUUCCAAUUUUUGUAUAAUUACCUUAAUUAAGAGAUCCUGUAUAUUGUUGUAUUGAAGAAACAUUAAAAUCUGAUAAUUAUAGAUUUAAUGAUAGAUAGAUAUAAGAAUUUUAAGAAGCUGUUGAAUAACGUAAAAUAAAAUUAGUUAUUAUAAUGGAUAGUUAUGAUGAAUUAAAAUCAGAUUAUAUAGGAUUAAAUUUAAAUGUUUCAAAUAAAUUAUCAAAAUGGAGAUGUUAAGCAGAUAAAAAUAAAUUUCCAAAAAUAAUUACUACUUGUAGAACAGAAAUAUUUAAUAUUGCUGGUUAUAAUACAUGGUUUUUAUCAGAAUCUAAUUCACCAUCAUUUUACAAAGAAGUUAAAUUAUUAAAAUUUAAUCAAGAAUAAUAAAAAUUAUAUAUUGAUUAAUAUACAUUAUUAUGUGUUAAGAGAGAUAUUAGAGAAUUUUAUUUUAGUAAUUAUGGUACAUAAGAUUAUUCUGAAUAUGAAACCUUUUUCACAGAUCUAGUUAAAUCAUUAAAUUUAGGGAAGAUGAAAUCUGAAACUAUAUUUAUGCUCAAUCCAAAUGUAAUAUAAUAAAUCUUAUUUAAAUGUUCUAAUUUUGUAUCAAAAGACAUGUAAAAAACUUUAUCAUAAUUACUUGCAGAAAUUUGGUCAAGUGCUUAAUAUUUAAAAUUCAUAUAAAUUAUGAAAUUAGAUAAAGUAAUAGAGACUCCUUUUAUGGCAGAAAUUGUUAUGGCUGUUUUACCUUAUAUUGUUAGAUAAAGAUCAGAAAUUAAUAAUGUAAAGAAUAGAUUUAUUAAAAAAUAUAUUUAUUUUGCAAAAAGUGAGUAUUAAUUAUUAUAAGUUAGUUAAUUAGAAAAAUAAGCAUUAGAUGAAUGGUAAACAAUUAUUCAUGAUUCAAAUUUUAUGAAUGAAUAUUUAUAAGAAUUUUCAGAAAUAUAAGUAGAUAAAUUGAUUACAAAAUAUUUUAUAUCUAAUUAAAAGUUUUAAAUCAUUAAGAAUUCAUUAAUGUUAGAACCAUUAUCAACAUAUGAUUUUUAUAGUUAAUUUUUGGAACAUUAUUUUAAAAGAUAAAUUUAUAAAUUAAGAGAAGCUGGUGAAUCAAUAGAUUAUGAAUAAAUUGGUAAUGAAUUAUGGAGAUUUACUCAUCAUUUGGCUAAUCAAAUGACAUUCAGAAAUAUGACUUAAGUUUAUUUUUAACCUAGUGGAUUAAUAUUUAAAAAAUCAGAAUCUGAUUGGAAAGAUGAAUUCUUUGAUGAUUAAUGUUAAGAAGGAGUAUAUAAAAGAUUAUUUAGAAAAUGUAUGCCUAUAAAAUAGAAAAAUAGUAUUUAUUCUUUUAAUCAUAAAUCAAUAUAAGAAUUUUUAGUUGCUAAAUGGUUUGUUGAAUAUUUAUCUAAUAUUAAAUUUCCAAUUGAUGAAAAUUCAAAAAAAUAAUUAUUUUAAUAUGAAUUUUUUAAAACAAUUUGGGAAUAUGAAUAUUUGAAAGGUUCAAUGACAUUUAUAUGUGAUAAAUUAAAGUAUAAUGAGGAAUAAAAAUAAUAACUUUUAAAUUUUAUUUAUCUUACAAGAACAGAUGAUAAUUUCAUUAUAGCAGGUUCUAAUAGUAUGUUAUUAUUAAAUGAAAUGGAUCAUUCAUUUAUAGAUAUGGAUUUAAGUAAUAUUAAAAUAGCAGAUGUUUCAUUAAGUGGAGCAAACUUUUUUAAUUGUGAUUUUACAAAUUCAAAUUUUAAAGGAAUUACACUAUCUUCUGUUAAUUUAAAUUUAUCUAAGAUUGUUAAUGCAUAAUGGAUUGAUAUUUCAUUGAAUUAAUUACCAAAAAUUAAUACUAAUUUAGGUAAUAUUAAAGGAUUAACUUAUAUUGAAAAAGAAAAACUUCUUCUUGCUUUUGAUGAUUAAAAACCAGAAAUGAAAUAAUAUGACAUCUAUAAAAUUUAAGAAAUUAAUAAAAUAAAUAUCAAAAUAAUACCUAAAUAUGCUAUUUUAUCAAAUAAUUAAAGAUUAAUGGCUUUAUUAAAUGAAAAUGAAAUUUUAUUAUAUGAUUUAUUUGAUAUGAAAAUAAUUCAAUUGAUAUAAUAUGGAUAAUGUUUUGAUAAAGAAAGGACAUGUUGUGUUUUUGGAGUUGAUGAUAAAUCUUUGAUUUUUGGAGGAUAUAAUGGUGCACAUGAAUUGAAAAUAACUAUUGAAUUAGUUGAAAGAAAAGCAUAAAAAAAAGUAACUGAUAAAGAUAAGAAAAAGGGGAAAUAAUAAAAUUAAAAAUUAGAAUAAGAAGAUAAAGUUGAAAUCAUCUAAUAAUAAAAGGAUUUGGUUGUUACCAUAGAUUCAUUUAAAUAAUUAAUCAAUGAAUAAAUUGUUAAUCUUAGAUGUUGUAAAAUGAUAAUUAUGUAAAGAUAGUCAAAAACUAUAAUUUUAUAUAAUUAACAAACCUAAUCGAUGAAAUAAAUUGAAACAAAAUGUGAAAGAGUCAUUUGUAUAGAUAGUAAUUUAGAAUUAAAUCUUUUGGCAGUUGGUGGUAGAAAGGGAGAAAUAAAUCUUUAUAAUUUAUCAUAAAUUGAAUCACCUGUAAGUCUAAGUGGACAUAAGAAAGCAAUAGCAGAAUUGAAAUUUUCAGAUGAUGGUAAAAUUCUAGUUUCAUGUUCUUUUGAUUAGUCUAUAAUAUUAUGGAGUACUUAAUAAUUAUCAUAAAUUAAUUAAGCCAAUUUUACAGCUUUUAUUAAAAUAUUCUCAUUAACAUUAAUCUCUAAUACUUACUUAGCUGUAACUGGAUAAAAUUAAGGGUAAAUUUAAAUUUGGGACUUGGAUAGUUAAGAUACAUAAAAUAGUAAUCCAUAAGGUCAUAUUUAUACUGUUUAAUGUUGUAUAUUUUCAUUUGAUGGAACAUUAUUGAUAUCUGGUUCUAGUGAUUUGUUAAUAAAAAUUUGGAAUACUUAAACUGGUCAAUAGAUUGGUUAAAAUCUUGAAAAACAUUAAUUACCAAUUAAGUGUUUAGCUAUAUCUCAAGAUUCAAAUCUAUUAUGUUCAGGAGGUGAAGAUGGAUAUUUAUAUAUUUGGGAUUUGCAAAACUUUUAAAUAAGAAAUGAGAUAAAUCAUUAUGCUUCUCAAAUAUCUAAAGUUUCCAUUUUUUAUUCUGAUGAUUAAUACAAAAUAGUAACAUUGACUGAAGAAAAGCUGAUACAUUUAUGGAGUCUUAAUAACUUAUAGGAAUUUAUUCUUAUAUAUGAUUAUAAAGAUGAAAACAAAAGAUUGAUUUCAAAUAUUGAAACUAAGAAAUUAUUAGAUUAAUGUAGAGAUUAAUAGGUUAAUGUUAUUGAAUCAUAUAAUAUAAGCAAUUAUUUAAAAAUCUAAAAUUAAUAUAUAACAGCUUUAGCUAUUAGUAAUAAUGGUUUAUAGAAAUUAAUUGGUACUAGUGAAGGAUAUCUAUUAGUUAUAGAGAAUAAAGAACUAAUAUUCAAGAAUUAAGCACAUAAGAAAAGUAAAUGUGAUAUCAUUUAUGUAUUAAAUGACAAUUUAUUUAUGACUUCAGGAUAGAAUUCUAUAAUAUUUUGGAGAUUUAGUGAUUUCACUUAAUAUUCUAAUUAUCAAAGUAAAUUCACAAAAAUUAAUGAUUACUUUGUUUGGUACGAUAACUUAUUUAUGGCUAUAGAUUAUACAAUUAGAAUAUGGAAUAUAAGUCAAAAAUCAACUAUAAAGGUGAUUAAAGAAAAGAAAAAGGACCAUAUUCAUUCUAUUUGUAUGAGAAAUAAUAAUACUAUAUAUGCAGGAACUCAAAAUGGAAAUCUACUUAUAAUUGACCUUUAAAAAUCAGAUUAAUAUUAAGUGAUACCUGAAAUCCAUAAUGGUAGAAUUACUAAAAUUGCAUAGCUUAGUGCAUAAAAUGUAUUUAUUACAGCUGGACUUGAUGGAAUAUUAAAAUAAUGGAAAGAUGAUAAACCAAUCAGAGUUUUAGAUACUGGAUCAACUAUAAAUUCUUUUUAUCUAUCUAAUGAUCAAAACUAUUUUGUUUUACAUACAUUUGAAGGAUUAAGUAUGUGGAUAUCAGAAGAUCUAAUUUUAUCAGAAAAGAUUGUAAAUUUAAAUGAUAAUUAAUCAAUUUUAGUUUUAUUUAAUUAGAGAAGGAUUAUUUGGUCUAAGGAUGAUCAAUUAUAUUAUAUCCCUAUAUUGUAAAAAAAACUUAAAUAUUCUUAUGCUUAAGAAUCAAAUAAUCAUUUUCCUACUACAUUUUUGGUUGAUGAUAAUAACACAAUAUAUUCAGGAGAUAAAGAUGGUAAACUAUGUUUUUGGAAUUAUAAAGGUGAAAAAACAAAAGACUUUUUAGAUUUAAAUCAACCAAACAUUAUUUGUUUAAGUUAAUCUCCUGAUAAAUCUAAAUUAGUUGUUGUUUUUAAAGAAUUAAUUAAAGUAAUUUCAACAGAAUCAUUUGAAAUAAUCUAUGAAAAGGAUUUUAAAGACUUCUCCAUUAAUAGUCUCAAUUAUUUAAAUGAAAAGACAUUAUUGAUUACAACAAAUUUAAAAGAUAAAUAAGUUAUAUUUUAUGAUGAAGAAGAUAAAUCAAUUCUUAUUUAAAACGAACAUGAUGAAGAAGUAAAAGGAGCAGCAGUUAAUUUAAAAGCAAAUUGUUAUGUUUCUUAUGGUGAUGAUAAAUCCAUUCGAUAUUAUUAGAAAUAGAAUUCAAUUUAUUCUAUGAAAUAUUCAAUGUCAUAAAUAUUAAAAUUUGAAUCAUAGGAUACAAUUGUAGAGAAUAGUACAAUAAUAUCUAAAACAGGAAUAGAUUUAUUAUCAUUAUUUAAGAAUUAAAGGAUUGUAAUGAAUUGA